UCACAAUCCUCAUUGUCGCUUCUGUGAAAGGAGCACAGAUCCCUCUCCAUUCAGAGUCUUCCUUGAUUUUCUCCGCAGGGGUAUAUCAGGAUGGCCUUCCCCCAGUUCUCUGCUCAUUCCCAGCUACCCCCUAUACUCAGCAUCACCGGGGUCUUCUGGUGACCGCCGCCGCUUACCUCCGGAAAGGUUUUUUUUUGUUGGACUGUGCAUUUGUAUCGUUUCUCGCUUUUCUCUGGUCGCGUCGGUGGAAGCCCCUUCUCCUGUGGGACUCCGUGCCUUAAUGACAUUACCUGCGUCUUGCAUCGGUUGGCUGGGGGGAGAGUGAGAGCGUUAUCAACCGCCCUCCCCGAAAGGACGCGAGCGCUCCCCCCCCCUCUGGAUGAGGCGGAAUCCUGCCCCCCUUCCGUGCGCGGUCUCCGGGAGACGAAGAAGGAAUUGAGGAGGAAGAACAGAAUUGUGUAGCAGGAGGAGGGCAAUGGAUUCCUUGUGAUUUAUCUUGGGGGGGCUUUGGAAACGGGUGUGAUCUCCCCCCCACCUUGUUCCUCUGCACCGUGUUUCUCCCCCCCCUCUAGCUUUUCUUCAUCUCUCCGGUGUGUGGGCUACUAAGAGAUCAAGGAAGAGAGGGGGAGAGAGACAAGGAGAGGGGUCUCCAACCUGCAGAGCUGCAUACUCGUCUGUCUGUGGUGUCAGCCUGGCUGCGCCCCGAUCCGUCUCCAUGAGGAGUAGAAGAAGAUGCUGCAGCCUGAGCUGGGAGCUCCGCUCCUCCUACUGCUCCUGAGUGUCACCUCCCCGGGGGUCUCGGUGCUUUCAUCGCUACGUGUUGCUGCCAUACUUGACGAUCAGACCGUUUGCGGCCGCGGAGAGAGGUUGGCCCUCGCGUUAGCCCGAGAACAUAUCAACAGCCACGCGCAGGGGGCGUCUAGCGGACGCGUGGAAGUGGAGAUCUUUGAAUUGCAAAGAGACAGUCAAUACGAGACUACAGACACCAUGUGUCAGAUUUUACCCAAAGGAGUAGUUGCUGUCCUCGGACCCUCAAACAGUCCAGCUUCUGCAUCCACUGUCAGUCACAUCUGUGGGGAAAAGGAGAUCCCCCACAUAAAGGUGGGCUCAGAAGAAGCCCCCAAGCUUCAGUACCUGCGAUUUGCUUCCGUCAGUUUGUACCCUAGUAAUGAGGACAUUAGCCUCGCUGUCUCGCACAUCUUGAAAUCCUUCCACAACCCAUCUACAAGCCUUAUCUGUGCCAAGGCCGAAUGUUUGUUGAGGUUGGAGGAACUUGUUCGUCAGUUCCUCAUCUCUAAGGACACGCUAUCUGUGCGGAUGCUAGAUGAGACUAAUGACCCAACGCCGUUACUUAAAGAGAUUCGUGAUGACAAAGUCUCCACAAUCAUCAUUGAUGCCAAUGCAACAGUGUCUCACCUCAUUCUUAAGAAGGCCUCAGAGCUCGGAAUGACAUCUGCUCAUUACAAGUACAUACUGACCACGAUGGACUUCCCCUUACUACCUCUGGAAGGAGUAGUUAGCGAUCACUCCAAUAUUUUGGGAUUCUCCAUGUAUAACAGCAGCCAUCCCUUCUACUUGGAAUUCUUAAGGAGCCUCAAUAUGUCAUGGAGAGAAAACUGUGAACUUGGCGGAUACCUGGGUCCAGCGCUUUCCGCUGCCUUGAUGUUUGAUGCUGUGCAUGUUGUAGUCAACGCCGUACGAGAGUUAAACCGAAGCCAGGAGAUUGGGGUGAAGCAGCUGUCUUGUAGCACGUCACAGAUUUGGCAACACGGAACGAGCCUCAUGAACUAUCUGCGAAUGGUAGAGUAUGAUGGCCUGACUGGAAGGGUAGAAUUCAACAGCAAAGGGCAGAGAACAAACUACACUUUGCGGAUCCUGGAGAAGGCAGGGGACAGUCACCGAGAGAUCGGAGUCUGGUAUUCCAACCGUACCCUGGCCAUGAAUGCCACCAGUCUGGAUAUUAACAUUUCAGAGACCCUGGAGAAUAAGACUCUGGUGGUCACAACUAUUCUGGAGAACCCAUACAUGAUGCGCAAGGCGAAUUACCGCUCGUUGUCUGGAAAUGACCAGUAUGAGGGAUUCUGCGCCGAGAUGCUGAUGGAAUUGGCGUCCCUCCUCCGCUUUAACUACAAAAUCAAACUUGUGGAGGACGGACUGUAUGGGGCCCCUGAACCAAAUGGUUCCUGGACGGGAAUGGUGGGAGAACUCAUCAACAGGAAGGCGGACCUUGCUGUUGCAGCUUUUACCAUCACGGCGGAACGGGAGAAAGUGAUAGACUUUUCCAAACCAUUUAUGACCCUCGGGAUUAGCAUUCUGUACCGUGUACAAAUGGGACGGAAGCCUGGUUAUUUCUCCUUCCUGGAUCCUUUCUCUCCUGCUGUCUGGCUCUUCAUGUUGUUGGCUUAUCUGGCAGUCAGCUGCGUGCUGUUCCUGGCGGCCAGAUUGAGUCCUUAUGAAUGGUAUAACCCACACCCCUGCCUACGUGAGCGACAUCACAUCUUGGAGAACCAGUACACGUUGGGCAACAGUUUAUGGUUCCCUGUGGGAGGGUUUAUGCAGCAGGGGUCAGAGGUCAUGCCCCGGGCUCUCUCCACCAGAUGCGUUAGUGGAGUCUGGUGGGCCUUCACUCUGAUCAUCAUCUCUUCUUACACGGCCAAUCUUGCUGCCUUCUUGACUGUUCAAAGAAUGGAAGUUCCAAUUGAAUCGGCCGACGACCUUGCAGAUCAGACCAACAUUGAAUAUGGGACCAUUCAUGGUGGAUCAACAAUGACCUUCUUCCAGAAUUCCCGAUACCAGACAUACCAGCGCAUGUGGAACUACAUGAAUUCCAAGCAGCCCAGUGUGUUUGUGAAGAGCACAGAGGAGGGAAUUGCCCGUGUGCUAAACUCCAGAUAUGCCUUCCUGCUGGAAUCUACCAUGAAUGAAUAUCACCGCCGGCUCAACUGCAACCUAACCCAGAUCGGAGGCUUGCUGGAUACCAAGGGAUACGGCAUUGGGAUGCCACUUGGAUCCCCGUACAGAGAUGAGAUUACUCUUGCAAUCCUUCAACUGCAGGAGAACAAUCGCCUGGAAAUACUGAAGCGCAAAUGGUGGGAGGGAGGCAAAUGUCCUAAAGAAGAAGAUCACCGUGCCAAAGGUCUUGGAAUGGAGAACAUCGGUGGAAUCUUUGUGGUUCUGAUCUGUGGUCUGAUCAUCGCUGUGUUUGUGGCCAUCAUGGAAUUUGUGUGGUCAACCAGGCGCUCUGUGGACAACGAGGAGAUUUCUGUCUGCCAGGAGAUGUUGAGUGAGCUGCGGAGCGCAGUGUCCUGCAAGAAGACGUCUCGGUCACGGCACCGCCGCCGCCCUCCACGGCACCUGCAUGGCCGGACUCUGCUGUCUCUAAGCCGGCCACCGCGUUCAACCCGGGAGACACGUCUCUGCAAUGGCCGCCUUUACCAAUCCCACCAGCACCCUCCAGCGCCACCUCACCCACCACCUGCUCCCGGGGCACAGCGACUUCAGGAGGACGCGCCACCUUCCUCAAGCAGGGGAGGGUGCGCACACUUCAGAAUCUGUCAGGAGUGCCGGCGGAUACAGACUCUUCGAGGCCCACCGCCACUGCCUAGACCACCCCAGUCUCCUAAACCCCCACCACCACCGGCUCCUGAGGACCAUACUCCUCUCUCACACCACAGGAGACUGGCAGACCCCUUAGAUGCUGGUGCCCCGGAGUGAAGAAAGGGACCUUACUGAAACUAGAUUGUAUAUGGACCUCCGUCGUGAGAGGGGGAGCAGAGGCAUCGAGAUUAUGGGGGAUGAAGGAACGUUAUUAUAAGCCCCCUCCCCGUUCCUCCAAGCUGUCUGUUGUGGGGUGGGGGUCUUUUGAAGCCUCCUCUGUAUUCAUCAGAAACACUGCGACGCCUCAGUCUUUUACAAUGUACGCUGUGCGUGCGAAAUAAACUGUCCCCUCUUAACGUUCAUGUGCGAGUCUGCCCCUUUCCAGUCGUUACCACCCUGUCUGGUCUUCUAUAAGUGCCCUCCGCAUAAAGGAAGCUGAGAGUGAUGAGCACAGCAUCCCAACUCAGGGUUCGGACAUGCUAUGUCAAGCCUCAGCAAUCACCUUUUAUUACAGAUAUUUUUUUUUUUAGUAUAUAUCGCUCGAUUUACCCAUGAGAUAGGGAUUAAGGAGACAUGCGACCUUUGAGACAUUUGUACAAUAGAUAUCACCACAUUAUUGCCCCCAAUACCACUUACAGGUUUGAUACAAAUGAAUGAAGAGUGCGGAGAGAG